AUGGGCUCUGGGUGGGCUUCCCUGGCUCUCUUAGUGAUUCUGAUCAGGUGGGAUUCCUCUGUGACUCAAGGUAGAGACUCUCCAGAAGAUUUUGUGAUUCAGGCGAAGGCUGACUGCUACUUCACCAACGGGACGGAAAAGGUGCAUUUUGUUGUUAGAUUCAUCUUUAACCUGGAGGAGUAUGCCCGUUUCGACAGCGACGUGGGGAUGUUUGUGGCAUUGACGGAGCUGGGGAGACCUGAUGCGGAGCUAUGGAACAACCGGACGGACAUAUUGGCGAGGAGCAGAGCUUCUGUGGAUACGCUCUGCAGACACAACUAUAAACUGGGAGCUCCCUUCACAGUCGGGAGAAGAGUGCAACCAGAAGUGAUGGUGUAUCCAGAGAAGACCCCGUCUCUGCAGCACCCCAACUUGCUGCUCUGCUCUGUGACAGAUUUCUAUCCAGGGGACAUUGACAUCAGGUGGUUUCAGAAUGGGCAAGAACAGAGAGCUGGAGUCGUGUCGACUGGCCUUAUCAGAAAUGGAGAUUGGACUUUUCAGACUACGGUGAUGCUGGAAAUGACCCCGGAACUUGGAGAUGUCUACACCUGCCUUGUUAACCACUCCAGCCUGCUGAGCCCUGUCUCUGUGGAGUGGAGAGCUCAAUCUGAAUAUUCUUGGAGGAAGAUACUAAGCGGAGUAGGAGCCUUCCUGUUUGGGAUACUCUUCCUUCUCGUGGGGAUCUGCAUUCGCCUCAAGGCUCAGAGAGGACAUGUGGAGACUCCGCAGCUUCAUGAUGAGGGCUCAAGAAGUGUUCUCCCAUCCAGUCAUGCCAACUGAAGUUUCUCCUGGGAUCCUGAUGCAGUGCGAAGUGGCUUAGGCAUUAGACUAGGUCAAAGACUUUCAUGGGGUCGAAUCUUUUUUACAAUCCCUAAGGAAAGCCGGGACUGGUUCUACAAAUUACGCAUUCUGAAAUCACACAUCUCCCACUCUUCUGCCCUUCUUCCCGCAACUUGCCUUUUUAUUACGCUUUUGUUUCUAAGGGAAUUGUCUAGAACCCCCCGUCCACCUUCCUUUCAGUCCCAAACAGUUUACUUUUUGGUGGCCUUAUCUAUUGUUACCCCCAAAUGUUUUUCUUUUCCAAUUGCAGCCCCCAGCGUCU